GCAUGUUUGAACCUUGACCGCAAUUCCUCCUCAGAAAACACAUAAUUGCCGUGUGGACUGACUGAACGCUAGCUUGUCGCUUCUGCCCUGUCCUGUCAAGUAGACAGGUCUUUGUAUGAUAACAAGACGAGGGCUAAGAGCAGGAUGCGGGCGGGAUAGAGACAUAAUUGGACGGCUCGGUUACUCGACGAAGCACACGGUGAAGUUUGGCAGGUUGGAGAAUCUUUGUUCAAGAGUAGUACAGACUCUAGAUUUCCCGCCACGGGCCAGCAAGAGAAGGCUUUUCAAUCCCACGUGGCGAUCAAGACAGUCAUCCGAGGCCGUGACUCCAGCCUCAUCUGCGUCUACCUCUAGACUACUGCGCUACCAUACCAACCUUCUCACGAGAUCGACGUUCACGACUACGGGACGUAUAAGUAGAAGUGAUAUCGAUAUGUCCGGAUCCUCUGAGCCUUUGAACUCGCUGGGCAUGCCGGUCGAGAGGGUCGCGGAUACUAUGGAGAAACCGUUGUUGGAUAACAGGGCAUAUCGAGUGAUUCGACUGCAGAACCAGCUGGAGGCGUUGCUCAUACAUGAUCCGGACACAGACAAGGCCAGCGCGUCGCUUGAUGUCAAUGUCGGAAGCUUCAGCGAUGCCGACGACAUGCCAGGAAUGGCGCAUGCGGUUGAGCAUCUGCUGUUCAUGGGAACCGAAAAGUAUCCAGCGGAGAACGCGUACAACCAAUAUCUUACAGCACAUUCCGGCUAUUCGAAUGCGUAUACCGCCUCGACAUCAACGAACUACUACUUCGAAGUUGCCGCCUCGAAUUCGCCGAGCCCUAGCAGGACUUCGUCGCAGAUCAACCUCUCAUCGCAACCAACUUCAAAGACUGAUUCUCCACUGUACGGUGCCUUGGAUCGCUUCGCACAGUUUUUCAUAAAACCUUUGUUUUUAGAGGACACGGUAGACAGAGAACUGAGAGCUGUGGAUUCGGAAAACAAGAAGAAUUUGCAAAGCGAUACGUGGCGAUUGCAUCAACUGAACAAGUCUUUAUCCAAUCCAAAGCAUCCAUACUGCCAUUUCUCGACAGGAAACUACAAGACACUUCAUGAUGAGCCUCUAGCGCGGGGCGUGAAGAUCAGAGACGAAUUCAUCAAAUUCUAUGAGAAACACUACUCAGCUAAUCGCAUGAAACUUGUAGUCCUUGGAAGAGAGUCGUUGAAUGAACUAGAACAUUGGGUUGAGGAAUUGUUUUCUGAUGUCAAAAACAAAGACCUGCCGCAAAACAGAUGGGAUAAUGUUCAACCGUUAACAGAGCAAGAGCUGGGUAUGCAAAUUUUCGCAAAGCCAGUAUUUCACAUGCGAACCCUUGAUCUAUACUUCCCGUAUCCAGACGAAGAAAUGCUCUACGACUCACAGCCAGGACGGUAUCUCAGUCAUUUGAUUGGCCAUGAAGGUCCUGGCAGCAUUCUUGCUUUUAUCAAGGGUAGGGGAUGGGCUAAUGGUCUGGGUGCGGGUGUAUCGCCGUUGUGCCCAGGAUCUGCGUUCUUCAGUAUCUCCAUCAGGCUUACUGAGGAUGGCCUGAAGCAUUACGAAGAAGUUGUAGAGACCGUGUUUCAGUACAUAUCUGUGCUUAAGGACAAGCCUCCUCAAGAAUGGAUCUUCGAGGAGAUGAAACAAAUGAGUGAGGUCAACUUCAAAUUUCGACAGAAGUCACCUGCGAGCAAGACAACUUCCGCACUUGCUAAUGUCAUGCAACGACCUUUGCCUAGGGAUCAUCUACUUAGUGGUCUAAGCCUGCUCCGGAAAUUCCAUCCUCAAGGUAUCUUGCGCGGGCUGUCGCAUCUUCGACCGGAAAAUUUCAGACUUAUGCUAGUGAGCCAAGAGUUCCCUGGCGAUUGGGAUCAGAAAGAGAAGUGGUAUGGCACGGAAUACAAAUGUGUGAAGAUGUCAGAUGACCUAAUGAAUCGCUUACGCAAGGCGGCAUCCGCAAGCCCAGGAAAUAGGCCUCCGGGAUUGCACCUUCCGGUGAGAAACGAGUUCAUUCCUUCAAGAUUGGAAGUAGAGCGUAAGGACGUCAGCGAACCGGCGAAAGUGCCGAAGCUGAUUCGAAACGAUGACCGUGUGCGGACGUGGUAUAAAAAGGAUGAUCAAUUUUGGGUACCAAAGGCGAACUUGAAACUCUUGCUCCGCUCACCACUCGUUAUCACGACGCCUAGAUCUGCUGGACUUACGCAACUAUAUCAAGCCCUUGUCAAAGAUGCGUUAGUGGAGUACGCCUAUGCUGCAGAAAUUGCCGGCUUGGAGUACGAGGUCACGAGUACCAGCUCUGGCUUACAUAUCACACUCUCGGGCUAUAACGACAAGAUGGCAGUCCUGCUGGAAAAAGUACUUGUCCAGAUGCGAGAUCUCGAAGUGAACCCCGAACGUUUCCGCAUCGUCAAGGAACGUUUAAUUCGGGGCCACAAGAACGCGGAACUUCAACAGCCUUAUCAUCAAGUUGGCGUCUACACGCGCUGGUUGACUAUCGAGCAAGUAUGGAUCACUGAACAGCUUUUGGCGGAGCUUCCAGAUAUCGCCGAGGAAGAUGUUCGCGCUUUCUUUCCCCAGAUAUUGCGCCAGUUGCACAUUGAAGUGUUGGCCCAUGGUAAUUUGUAUAGAGAGGAUGCUCUACGAUUCACGGAAGUUGUGGAAAACACGCUUCGACCAAGAAAGCUUCCUCUUGAUCAAUGGCCUGUUAAGCGCUCCAUGAUUUUCCCUCCAGGAUGCAACUACAUCUACAAGAGGGAGUUGAAGGACCCUGCUAACGUCAAUCAUUGCAUCGAGUAUCUGCUUUAUGUCGGUAAUUCUCAGGACAGACAUCUUAGAGCCAAGGUUCUAUUGCUUGGCCAGAUUGCAGACGAGCCGUGCUUUGAUCAGCUUCGAACGAAGGAGCAGCUUGGCUAUGUUGUCUUCAGCGGCGCAACUGUGCACAACACGUGGCUUGGAUACCACGUGCUUGUCCAAAGCGAACGUACUCCUGAGUAUCUUGAGACGCGAAUCGAGUCGUUCUUGAACGGCCUUGGCAACAUUAUCCGCAAAAUGCCGGAUGAUAAGUUUGAGAAGCUAAAGAACAGCUUGAUCAAUAAGCGUCUUGAGCGUCUGAAGAAUCUGAGCUCGGAAUGUAAUAGGUUCAGCACGCAUAUUCUGAAUGAGGGAUAUGAUUUUGAGCAAGCCGAUCACGACGCUGCGCAUCUCGAGCCAUUGACCAAGGAGGACAUUAUCAAAUUCUUCGAGCGCUUCAUCUGCCCCAACUCUGAGAGGCGCGCUAAGCUCAGUGUACACCUGUUGGCGCAGAAUACGGCCUCUUCAAUCAUCGAGAACAUCUCAUCGGAAGAAGACAAGAAUACAAUCCUGACUAAAGCGUUGAGUAAAAUUUUCGCCGCGCACAACAUUAGCACUGAUUCAGAGAAAUUGGCAACUCGAUUACGCGGGCGCAGACUCUCGCUGUCGGAUUCUGCACCUAUCUCAGAGGCUGCGGCGACGUAUCUGACCAUGGACGCUAGCUUACCAGCAGACAAGGCCAGAGAGAUUGUGCAGCAAGGACUCGUAGCUCUAGGCGGAUCUAUAGAGCGUAAAGGGGAAAACUAUAAGGCAACAACUAGCAGAGCCCCAGUUAUUAUUGAAGAUGUGCAUGCAUGGAAGGCAGGCUUGAAGGUUGACGUUGCAGCUCAGCCAGUUAGACCGCUCAGCGACUUCGAAGAUAUCGAGCCCAAGCUAUAGAGACGGGAAAGACUUGUGUCUAGAAAAAAAAAAGGCCUCUGUAGUUGUUGGGAAAAAACAAUAAUAUUUCAUAUAAUACGUAGUCCAUGCCUUAGAUGUAUUUGCUUUCUAAGCCUAUCUCCAGCGUGAAGCUGGAAUUCGCUUCUAAUAGCAUCCGUACAUUCUGUGAUGCUGUGCUCUUUUGGCUGGGUUAUAAGAAAUACAAAAGAGAAUUCGUG